UCGGUGGCGGCGGAGCAGCUUGAGCAGACGCCGGGAUGUGGUAUGAGAUCCUGCCCAGCACGGCCAUCAUGGGCCUGUGCCUGACCAUCCCUGGCGUGUCGCUCAUCCACAUCCACAUCCACAGAUACCUCAACGGGGGCAAGGAAAAGAGAAUUGCUCAUCAGCCCUACCAGUGGCACCUGAUGGAGAGAGACCGGCGACUGUCGGGGGUUAAUGACUACUAUCGGUCCAAGGGAUUGGAGAACACUGACUAAGAAGCAACUCGUUGAGUGAAGAGUCCUAGUUCCUGUACAAAGUAGUUUAGCUCCAGUAAACAUGCAUUUAUAUUUGAUUCAACAUGUUAUAUGGUGCAUAUAAACCUGGAAAAUGAAAAAAGAAAAAAAAAACAAA